AUGACAUCCGAAUCUCCGAAUUUUUCAAGCGGAAGCCCGAGCGGGAUGAAUACUGCCGGGUUGGCAGCUGCGGUAGUUUCGGCUGUUGCUGGCGUUCUUGCUUUGUUCAAAGGCUGGAAGGUUUGGAGGAAAGGAAAGGUCGCCAAAAAUCACAAGGAUGUAGAAUCUGAUGCGCAUGCCGAAGAUUCAUUCAGAAUCACAGGGACCUCAAAUGACAUGAGGAUUAGCGGAGCGCCCAACACGCAUACGAACGUCACUAUUCAAUUUAUUUCUCAGCGUCCCCAUCCUCCCAUGUAUCCAAGCAACUAUAGUGGAGAGAGUUGA